UAUAAAAAAUAAAUUUAUCUUCGCUACGCUUAGGAUGGGCGGAGUAUCUGUUCUUCGUAGUACAUAUUUUGAUCAACUAUGGAUGGUCACUAAUUUACGUUUACAACACUGAAUAUUUUGACAGUUGUAUUCCAAUCGUAGAAUUCCAAUUUCAACUAAAACCGAAGUCGGUACUUUCCACUAUUUCACACGAAUCUAAACAGCAGAACAAACACAUCACGUUGACGAGUUUAGCUAAACGAAGCAUAUUUCACCAAAAAUGUCUAUAAAUAAAGAUAAGAAUUGGAGUGAACUUUCGAAUGUCGAGAGAUAUAUGUUUUUGGAAAAUACACCGACGGAUUGCACUUUUAUCGUUGGAAUCGCCAAAGACGAAAUAAAACGCAUACAAUGUCACAAGAAAGUCUUGGCAGAAUGCUCAGAGGUUUUUAAUUCGAUGUUCAAUGGAAAUUAUUUAGAAUCGGAAGAAAAUUGUGAAAUUCGCUUGAAUGAUGUUCAACCUUACGUGUUUGAAUAUUUUUUGAAUUUUGUCUAUUGGGACGAUUUACCAUAUGAAAGUUCUGUAAUAGAGCUUAUACAGUUGGAUUAUUUAGUUCGAUGGAUGAAAGAUAUAUUGCCAUCUUCUAUUUACAAUUUAAACCUGUCAUCCUUUGUAGUGGUUACUAAAAGGCUUAGUGAAGUACUAGAUAAACUAAAACUUUUUGAAAUGUUUGAAAAAUACGUGCUUAUCAAUUUUAUGCAAAAAAAAAAAAUAUUAAAAAUGUGAACGAUACAGAAAUACUAAGUGGGGCCCAU